AUGGCGAAUCAAGGAGGGCAGGAAGCGCGGACUUUAGGGGAGACAACAGAGAUGCUGCGAGAUAAGGUGUUGCAGAUAGAAAAACACCUCCAGGAAAUAGGAAAGAAAAUUGAGGAGGUAGACGGAUUAUUAGACCCACCAGAAGGAACAGAGCCCCAAGAAAAGAGCCCUAAGCUUUUUGAGGAAGAAGAGCCGGAGAAAGAAGAAGAGCCAAAAGAGGAAGAAAAGGAGCAGGAGGAAGAGGAGGAAGAGCCUCUGGACAUGAAAGAAAUAGGGCCUGUCGACAUAGGGGUCGAAAUAGGGGACAACACAUUUGAGAUGUUUCCCAAGUUUCAGGGAAAUAAUGCGGACGACGAAUCUGGUUAUUAUGCUCCCCACUGA